UUCAUUCGGCUAACAUAACUAAAUUUAUUUUUGUAUUUAAAAAAAAUGUGUAAUAAGGAUUUGGGCAAAGAAAUAUGCGAGCUUAAAGCAAUGGUUAAGGCGCAAAAUAAGCGCAUAGAUAUGCUAAUAAAACAUGUUAAGGAAGGCUGUGCUGCUGAUGAGGACAAAGAAAAGGAAAGCACUAUACAAAAUCUAAGCCCGUAUUUGCCUUGCCUGUGUCCUGAUGUGCUGUUUCAUUUAAAUCUGGAUACAGCUACAACAGCCUUUCCAAAAGUGUUUGGCGAUGUGCGCUUUGUUUGCCUGGGCGGCACAGCACAUCGCAUGGAAGCCUUUGCUUACUUCAUAAUGCGUGAAAUUGGACUGAAGCUAAGCACGUCGGCCAAGUUAAAGGACCUCAGCGAGGACGGACAUCGCUAUGCGCUAUUUAAAGUUGGCCCUGUAUUGUGUGCUAGCCAUGGCAUUGGCUGUCCCUCCAUUAGCAUUCUGCUGCAUGAACUCAUUAAGCUAGUGCAUCAUGCCAAAUGUCAAAAUCCCAUUUUCAUUCGCCUGGGCACUUGUGGUGGCAUUGGCGUGGAGCCCGGCACAGUUGUUAUUACUUCGGAGGCUAUUGAUGGGCAGCUACGUGCAGCGCAUGAAGUUGUUGUGCAUGGCCAGGCACAGCUCAGACCUACGCAAUUGGAUGCAGAGCUGGCCGAGGAGCUCAAGACGCUGUGCAAACCUGGCAAGGAUGGUUUUGUUGCCGUUGUGGGCAAAACACUUUGUGCCAAUGAUUUCUAUGAGGGUCAGUCUAGACUUGAUGGCGCCUUUUGUGAUUAUACGCCAGCCAAAAAAUUGGAAUUCUUGCAGCGCCUUUCAGAGCUGGGCGUAACCAACAUUGAAAUGGAAAGCACCGCCUUUGCAGCGCUCACUGCUCAGGCCAACAUUAAGUCUGCAGUCAUGUGUGUGGCCAUACUAAAUCGCUUGGAGGGGGAUCAGAUUACAACACCACUGGACACACUACACCAGUGGGAUAUGCGACCGCAAAUGUUGGUAGCACGCUAUAUGCGCAGAGUGCUCUAUGGCGAUCCACCGGAGGAGACCUAUGAAUGCUGGUGCAGUCUAAGCAAACACGAUGUACCAGAUGAGGUUAGAGCGACCACUCAGGAGUGUUCCUAAGGCUUGCAUUUAA